AUGGUGAUAAAAACAGAAGCUAUAGUGUCCCCAUCUGUAAAAGUCCCUACACCAAUAAGUAAAAAACAAUCUGCAGGGAAGCAAGUAGGAACAGUAAAAGCAACCCAAUCAAAGGCAAAGCGUGGGAGAGGGCCCACAGUUCAUGAGGCCUUACAACGGAUACCUUCACAUAGCAAAGUGAUUGCACUAUCUAAUACAUCAUGGCAUGCACCCGGUGAAGAAUUGUUUCAAUGUGGCCCAUUGGAUGAGAAAAAGGCGAAUGCAUUUAGACAAGUGGAGAGCAGUAGUAGUGAUGAAGACAAUAUGCCUGAUUUUGAAAGCGGUUCGGGGCCCGUCUGCGUGGAGGAGUGCGCUGCGGAGUCGCGUAGCGCGAGGCUAGCACUACGCAGGGCGGCGCUACGGCGGCACGUAGCGCGCGCAACCGCUACGCUGCGACUGGCCAGCGACCACAGCCAACAUCGAGCCUUAGCCACCCUUAUUAAGAAACAAUUGAAUGAUCAAAGCUCGCCGUGCCGCCUUCCGACGCAGACUGUGAAUCAUUUGCUGGCGAUGCGCGGCAUGCAUAAUGUUUUGACGUCGGAGGACCGUAGAAGACUACGCGAGUCGGGAUGGUCGGGCGGGGAGAGCGGACGGCCGUCGGACAGCGGGGCGGGGGGCGGGGCGUGCGCGGCGGAGAAGUGCGCGCGCGCUUCGCUCCCGUGCGGGCGGCACUGCCUAGCGCACGUGACGCUCGCGCCCGAGCAGCGGCUGUACGCUGCGUGCGCGGCCGUGUUCGCGGGCGGCGAGCGCUGCAAGCAGCCGCUGCUUCCGCUGCAGGAACAGACGCCGCUCUGCGCGGAGCACGCCUGGAAGCGCGACAACUAUGAGCAGCUGAGCCGCGAGUGGCGACCGCAGAGGGCGCGCAGGCGUCCGUGGCCCGCUGCCGCGCGCACGCCGCGCCGCGCCAAGCGCCGCCGCCGCCUGCUCGCGCGCCGGCCGCACCUCGCCCACUCGCUCUCGGAAAUCAACAUUUGCUCGAAUUCAUCGGCGUACGACAGCUCAGAGGAUACUGCUGUGGGCGGUCUAAGCGAGAGCGAAUAUAUUGGCACGUCUAGCACACAUGACCUUGAAGUCGAGCAAGUACCACCAGAUGACAUAUUGGAUCCAUCGGUCCUAAGUCAAAUACCAGACGAGGCUUUCACAGAGUUUUUUAAUCAAGCGGAAGGUGGUGAGCCAUUUGCGGAGGGCUCCGAGCUGGCGGCCGCACUAGAAGCGGUACUCGACGAGAGAGUUCUCGACGAGCGUGUUCUCGACGGCCGAGUUCUCGACGAGCGAGUUGUAGACGAGCGAGCGCUCGACACGAUCGCGGACGUAUUCCCUCAGCCGUUGAAUGCGCACGCCGCCAAGAACAAGAUGCAUGUCCCAGCAACAGUGAUCGCGAACACGCCGACAAAUACCCCUUCA